UCCCAUACAUGAAACUGAUGAUAAGGGAUGCCUCAAUAACUGGUCCUUGCUUUGCAUUUGCUGCUAUACAGAUAGGAACACAUAGUUUGAGAGAGAAGAAAUAAAGGAAGAAGGACAAGUGGAAGGAAGGAGGGUUGGUUCUCUUAGUCCAUAAAUAAUUAACCCCCUCCGGUAUCCAAAGGCAACCCUCCUCCCACUCUAUGCAUCUCUCUUUCCAGAGAAAGAGGGCAAGGAGAGGCUCAGCCUCCAGUUAGAAUUGCUCUCUCUCUCUCUCUCUGCCCCUCAGACUUUCUCCUCCCACUAACCAAACCCCUCCUCCACUUUCCCAUCUUAUACCGGCGAAGAGAGGACGAAAGAAGCAGCUACGCUGGAUCGGCCGGGGAAGAUGGGUCGGGGAAAGAUCGAAAUCAAGAGGAUAGAGAACACAACCAACCGGCAGGUGACCUUCUGCAAGCGCCGCAAUGGCCUGCUCAAAAAGGCCUAUGAAUUGUCCGUGCUCUGCGACGCUGAGGUUGCUCUCAUCAUCUUCUCGAGCCGUGGCCGCCUCUACGAGUAUGCCAACAAUAGUGUGAAAGCUACUAUCGAGAGGUACAAAAAAGCAUGUACUGAUACCUCUAACUCUGGAUCUGUCUCUGAAGCUGAUUCCCAGUAUUAUCAACAAGAAUCAUUGAAACUGCGCCAGCAAAUAACCAGCCUACAGAAUUCAAACAGAAAUUUGAUGGGAGAUUCUCUUGGCUCUAUGAGCCUUAGGGACCUGAAGCAACUGGAGGGAAGGUUGGAAAAGGGCAUAAACAAAAUAAGAACUAAGAAGGUAGUCAUAAAUAAAGUCUUCUACAUGCAUUUGCUUCUACUUUUACACAUCCGUUCUUACUGGUUUUUUUUAUUGUGUCAGAAUGAGUUGCUAUUUGCUGAAAUUGAAUACAUGCAGAAAAGGGAGACGGAGCUGCAAAAUGCCAACAUGUACCUAAGGAACAAGAUAGCCGAGAAUGAGGGAGCACAACAACAGAUGAAUAUGUUACCCGCUACGACUGAAUAUGAGGUCAUGCCGCCAUAUGAUUCAAGGAACUUCCUGCAAGUGAAUCUAAUGCAAAGCAAUCAGCAUUACUCUCACCAGCAGCAGACAGCUCUCCAACUAGGAUGAGACCAGGAAAUGAUCCAUGAUUGGUGGUUCUGCGACAUCAAACCUGUAGGUGUAGAGCUGGAAUGCUUGCAUGUAGUUUGUUGGUAAGUUAUGUUGAGAAAACUAAACAGAUGAUGUGGGUGAAGAUUGCCCGAGUUGGUAGCCUUUCAUCCAAAAUGGACUCAUAAGACAAUUGGUUGUAGUAUAUACAAACAAUUCCACUUGUAUGCUCUUAACUGCAUGCGGUUGUCACUUCAUAUUGCAGCAUAUAGGACUUUAUAUUGUUUUUGUUAUUUGUCGUGUUCAUCAAAGAUAAUGUUAUUUUCCGGCCAUUACUCUUGCAGGAUAAUCAUGGGAUAUUAGUAAUCU